AUGGAGGACGAUUCUUACAACUUCGCAACCACUAUUUUGACCUCCAAGUCACCCGAACAAGCUGCCGCAAUUUUACCCAGUGUCAUAACCGGGUCCACGGGUUUGAACAAGGACUUGAUAUCGUGGUUUAAUAAUUACAACAAUGCAAUUGGAGCUCAUAAUGCAUCAUUGAGACAAUUACUCGAGGAAGCAAAGAAAAUUGGUGGUCGCAGCAAAGUUGGAUUCAACAACUUCCCACGCAAUUGGAACUGCUUGGUAAACGCAGUGCAAAUGGAGUUGAAGGACAAUGAAAUUUUGCAAGAGAGUUUGAAACAAGAUGUCAUCAACCCCUUGAGAAACUUGAUUGAGAAUGAUGUAAGGAUUUCUGAGUUGACUAUCAAUGGGCAAGAGUUGACUGAGCUUAGUCAACACUUGACUAAGGAGGGUGAGUAUCAAUGGAAUUUCAAAGCACCUCAAGCAUUUCUGAACUUGGAAGCUUUCAAGAAGAUUGAGAUUCAAUUAAUGUUCAAUGUCGUUUUAAACUAUUUCCAACUCAACAGUGCUAGGUUGAACAAAGAGGUGAAAAACAAUGAAAACUCAACAAACUACUUAUUGGGAAGCUUUAAAUUGGAUAAUGAAAUGAAAAGUCAGUUGGACUACAUGCAGAAUACACAAUUCCAAUUGCCUGCUGCACAAGCCACUAGUCAAUCCCACACUGUAACUGCCAGUACUCCUGCUUCGUCGAGAGAGAGGAGAAGAAGCUCAUUAGGUCGUCUUGACAAACAUGCAGGAUCAACGCCAGAAGAGCAAUCACCAAAAAAGCAAUCCAAGUUGAAAUCGCGCGUUGGUUCCAUUUUUGGAAGAAAGAAAAAGAAGGAUAAGCACCAACCACAACUCGGCUCUACUAUUGCAGAAACUGAAUCCAUAUCUACAGAUUCAUCCACUACAAGAUCAGCACCAUUGUCUAGAAAUACUACUUCAAGGUCAUUGCUUGGCAGAGAACACAGGGUAGACUCGGGUACCGCAGUACAGGGUCCAUCUCAUGGGGCUCCUGCACAACCUCAAAGACAACAACUGCAAGCUUCAUUCCCGCCUUUGAAGCCGCAACAACAACAACAGCAACCACAACAGCAGCUGCAGCCACCACUUGAAGAACAACAACAGCAACAACCACAACAGCAGCUGCAGCCACGCCAGCAGCUGCAGCCAGAACAGUUUCCACCAGUCCAGCCACCACUUGAAGAACAACAACACUUUCCUCCUCCACAUCAGCAACAAGAUCCACAGGCUGCGUUUGGUUCUAGCAUUGCUCCUCAGCAAUAUCCUUUGCAACAGUUUCAACAACGCUCGGGUGUAUCUUCACAUCCGGUUGCCACUCCAACCCAGGGUUUAUUUUCAUCGGAGCAACAACCACAACAACAACAACAACAACAACAACAACAACAACAAAACAAUUACAGAGAUACUACGUUGCCAGCUACUCCAACCCAUGGUAGAGUUACCAAGCCAUUACCUGAACCAACGGACUCUCCAAAUGUUGUGAGAUACAGCAGUGGUGACGACGAUGACGACGAUGACGACGAAGAUAACAUUGUUGCAGGCAGAAGAUCCUCUUUACUUGAAAGACAUGAUUUAGAUAUUCAUGAUGAAAGGGAGUUUGGAAAUGGUGGAAGAGCCCCGGGUCAACACCAAAACCUCCCUCCAGUUCAACCCUCAGGCUUUUCUGGUGGACUACUUGAUCCUAAAGAGAGAACAAGACAAGAUAGUGCUGCAAGGUACUCUUUUGAAGCUGGUGACGAUAACAAGCCCAUCUUGGCAACGCCAAGAAGUGAGCAGAAUGGGUUCAAUGACGGGGACAGGGUUUCUGAAAGUAAUGUUUCACUGGCUCACGAGAAUAGAGGAAUUGACAGCCAAGAAUUCGAUAGAAUCUCUUCCAGCAAUGAUGAGUCGUCACAAUUACCCGCAAGGUCUGGUGUUUCUGGUGUGGCAGCACCAACUUUCCCUCCAAGUGGCGAAAACUUUGCACCUCGCAGUUAUGCUUCUUCUGAUACAGCAGCAUCAAUUACAGGAGUUGGAGUUGGAGUUGGUGCUGGUGCUGUUGGUGCAGCUGCUCCGCCAAAACCUCCUCCAUCCAGAAAAGUGGUGCAUCAUAAUAGCGGGUCGGUGAGAGACUCUCAUAUGUUCCAUAACUUGCCAACUGCAACUACAAACAGUUCCAUAAGAGAUUCGUUUGUUCAACCGCCAAGACCACAAUCUGCAAGCUCCCACUUGAACAAUCCAUUUGCUGCGUUAAAGAGACAAGAUACUGGAUCAUUAUUGAACAAUGAUUUCAAGCACUUUAAUUUGUCAGAUGCCACUAUUGGAUUGAACUCUUCAAUUGCAGAAAUUGUCAAUGCCACUUUUAAAGAUGGCCAGUUGAAGUCGUCACAAGUGAUUGGUGAGGUUGCAUUCAAUUACAACGGUCAUCCAAAUGAGGACUCGAUAAUUGUUCACAUUCCUCAUGAUUAUGAUAGAUUGAUUGUGAACAAGACAUUUAUUGAGGAGUUGGGUGGCCACGAUUACAAACUUGAUCCUGUGUCAAUUAGCUCGAAAACAUUGGGGGGAUUGAAGUACUUGGCAAAUGACAAUCAUGUGCCAUUGGUUGUGCAACAGAUAUGGAAAUUUGAACCACAUCAAUCGAGUUUGAUGAUUAGUAUCAGGUCCAAUGUCAACGAGACGCUUGAGAUUGAAAACUUGAUUGUUUCUGCAGCGUUGAACACAAAUGUUGCUGCUACGUCAGCAUCGUCAAAACCGCAGGGAGCUUUUAAUAAAGACAAGAAUAGGAUUACUUGGAGGUAUAACCGUCCCGUAGUUUUGAAACCACAGGCGGAGGAAAAGUUGAUUGCUAGGUUCAUGACAAACGGACAAGGAUCUGAACAUGAACUGGGUGUGCAAUUGAAGUUUGCUAUAGGGAACCCAAGUGUUGUCAAGUAUUGCUCAAUUUAUGACACUCGAGGUGAAGAGAUUCCUGCUUUUAGGAACCUCAUAAGUGGACACUACGCUAGUCAUUUUGAAUAA